GGCCCGGCGCUUGCAGGCGCGGGUCCGCAAGCCGGUGCGCUCGACGGCCUCUGCCGCCGCCCCGCCUGCCUCCACCCCUAGCCCAGCUGGCGACGCCCCUGCCGCCGCCCAUGCCACCCCUCCUGCCGCCGCCCCUACCACCGCUCCUAUCCCAGCUGGCGAGGCCUUCGCCGCCGUCCCCGACGCCGUCGCUGCCGCCGCCCCUGCCGCGCCGGCGGCGCUCCGGCCACAGCCGUACCGGCCACCCCAGCGGCGCUCCUCAGGGGCGUCUCCGGCGCCCACCGGCCCGGCCUCAGUCACCGCCCCUGCCACUGCUCCUGCGGCCGCCUCUGCCGCCGUCACUGCCGCCGCACCUGCCGCCGCCCCUGCCACUUCGGCAGCGCUCCGGCCACAGCCGUACCGGCCGCCCCAGCGGCGCUCCUCAGGAGUGUCUCCGUCGCCCACCGGCCCGGCCUCAACCACCGCCCCUGCCUCCGCCCCUGGCCCAGCUGGCGACGCCUCUGCCAUGGCUCCUGCCACUGCUCCUGCCACUUCUCCUGCCACUGCUCCUGCCGCCGCCCCUGCCGCGCCGGCGGCGCCCCGGCCGGCGCCGUACCGGCCACCCCAGCGGCGCGCCUCCUGGACAGUCUCCGGCGCCGGCCGCUACCGCAGCGGCGGCGCAGAAGGAGUGCGGUAGCAAGAAGGACGGCCGGUGUGCCUGCAAGGGCGCCAGUCUCGAGCAGGUGCCAGCGUGCGACGUGCCGGCCACGCCCAUCAAGGACGAGAUCUGCCCCUUCCACGAGGAGGAGUCGGCCUUCUCCGAUGCCCUGAGGAAGAAUCAGGAGCUGGAAUUUGACAGAAACAGUGAACGCUUCCAGUUUCUGAAGUGGGGCUCGGCGGCGUUCGCCAACAUGCGCGUGCUGCCGCCGGGCUCGGGGAUCGUACACCAGGUGAACCUGGAGUACCUGGCGCGCGUCGUGUUCGACACGGACGACCUACUGCGGCCCGACUCGCUGGUCGGCACCGACUCGCACACCACCAUGAUCAACGGGCUGGGCGUGCUGGGCUGGGGCGUGGGCGGCCUGGAGGCCGAGGCGGCCAUGCUGGGCCGGACGGUGGGCCUGACGCUGCCCCAGGUGGUCGGUUACAAGAUCACUGGCCGCUGCAGUCCGCUGGCCACCGCCACAGACAUCGUGCUCACCGUCACCAAGCACCUGCGCCAGGUGGGCGUGGUCGGCAAGUUCGUCGAGUUUUUCGGGCCCGGCGUCAGCCAGCUGUCGAUCGCCGACCGGGCCACCAUCAGCAACAUGUGCCCCGAGUACGGCGCCACCGUCGGCUUCUUCCCCGUCGACGGCCGCAGCCUCGACUACCUGCUGCAGACGGGCCGGCAGGCGGACCGGGUGGCUGUGAUGCGCGCCUACCUGGCGGCGGCCGGCCUGCUGCGAGACUACGCGGCGCCCGCGCAGGACCCGGCCUUCUCGCAGGUGGUGGAGCUCGAUCUGGCCACGGUCGUGCCCUCCGUGAGCGGGCCCAAGCGGCCGCACGACCGCGUGGCCGCCAGCCAGCUGCGCGACGACUUCCUGCGCUGCCUGUCUGCCGAGGUGGGCUUCAAGGGCUUUGGCGUACGGCCGGAGCGGCUGCAGGAGCGGCGUCAGAUCCGGCUGGGAGGCCGCACGUACAGCCUCGGCCAUGGCUCGGUGGUGAUCGCCGCCAUCACCUCCUGCACCAACACCAGCAACCCGUCCGUCAUGCUGGGCGCAGGCAUCCUGGCCCGGAAGGCGGUGGAACGCGGCCUGUCGGUGCCGCCCUGGAUCAAGACAUCGCUCUCGCCCGGCUCCGGCGUGGUCACGCACUACCUGCAGGACAGCGGCGUGCUGCCGGCGCUGCGCCAGCUCGGAUUCGGCAUCGUCGGCUACGGCUGCAUGACCUGCAUCGGCAACAGUGGUCCGCUGCCGCGGCCCGUCGUCGAGGCCGUGCAGGAGGCGGACCUGGUGUGCUGCGGUGUACUCUCCGGCAACCGGAACUUCGAGGGGCGCGUGCAUCCGCACGUGCGCGCUAACUACCUGGCGUCGCCGCCGCUGGUGAUCGCGUACGCGCUGGCCGGCCGGGUCGACAUCGACUUCGAGACCACCCCGCUGGGCACCUCUGAGAACGGCGACGUGUACCUGCGCGACAUCUGGCCGAGCCGGCAGGAGAUCCACGAGCUCGAGUCCAAGUCGGUCAUCCCGGCCAUAUUCGCCGACGUCUACUCCAAGAUCACCAAAGGGAACGCCAGCUGGAGCUCGCUGCAGGUGCCCGACUCGGACGUGUACCGCUGGCAGGCUGCGUCCACUUACAUCCAGCCGCCCACCCUCCUGCAGGGCAUGACACGGGAGCCGCCGCCGCUGCAGGACAUCGAGGCGGCGCACGCGCUGCUCGUGCUGGGUGACAGCGUCACCACCGACCACAUCUCGCCGGCCGGCAGCAUCGCCCGCAGCAGCCCGGCCGCCCGCUACCUCACCGCCAUGGGCCUGACGCCGCGCCAGUUCAACUCGUACGGCUCGCGACGCGGCUGCGAGGCGGUGAUGGUGCGCGGCACGUUCGCCAACACGCGGCUGGCCAAUCGGCUGCUGCGGCCGGCCGGGCCGCGCACCGUGCACCUGCCGUCCGGCCUGACCAUGGACGUGUUCGACGCGGCCGAACGGUACCGGGCCGAGCAGCGCCCGCUGCUGGUGCUGGCCGGCCGCGACUACGGCUGCGGCUCGUCACGGGACUGGGCCGCCAAGGGGCCCGCCCUGCUGGGCGUGCGCGCCGUGCUGGCCGAGUCGUUCGACCGCGUGCACCGCAGCAACCUGGUGGGCGUGGGCGUGCUGCCGCUGCAGUACCGGUGCGGCGAGUCGGCGGCGGCGCUGGCGCUGAGCGGCCGCGAGGCGCUGACCGUCCGGCUGCCGCGGCCGCUAACGCCGCGCGCCGCCGUCGACGUUCAGACGGACGACGGCCGGAGCUUCCAGGUGACGGCGCGGCUCGAUUCGGAGGCGGAGGUGACGCUGCUGCAGCACGGCGGCCUGCUGCGCUACAUGGUCCGCCAGAUGCUGUAGACGUGCCGCCCAGGUCUGACCUGACCUAACCUGAUCUGAUCCGACCCGAUCUGACCUGACCUGACCUGACCUGACCUGACCUGACGUCGGGGACGCGGAACUUUUUGACCGGGCGGUGAGCCCGGUCAGACGGAGCUUGAUCCGAACCCGGUCGCUGGGCGGCGGCCCACCCGCCGCCAGAUCCAAACCGAUGCGACCUGGCCUGAAUUGACCUGAACAGACCUAGUCUGCUCUGACCAGGCCCGCUGUGACUUGAUAGGACCUACCUUGGACCUACCUUGACGUUUUCAGACUGCGCCAUACCUGACCUGACACGACCUGCUCUGGACAGACCAGACCUGAUAUCACCAGACCAGUCCCGACCAGACCUGACCAGACCAGACCAGACCAGACCAGACCAGACCAGACCAGACCAGACCAGACCAGUUUUGGGUUAGCCUUUAGCGGCAGGUGACGACCGUCUGCUGUUUUGCCCUGCACUCAUGUGUUAAAUAGUACUUAUUGAUUUUCUUGGUGCCUUUCAGUAGACAAUCUUCGUUCAGUAGCUUACUGGACGCGUGCAACGCGACAGUGUGCGAUUGAUUCCGUGGCUAACCUUAAUCGGCGGGGUGUUUGAUGCGUUUUGGCGCCAAUAUGUGGGGACCACCCGCCGACUGCGUCAAUGGUGUGGACUGUGCGCUCGCCGGCAGGCGCUGCUGCGUAUGCAACUGGUUAAUCCGCGUGGUAGAAUAUACGGUGACUGUAUCAG